AGCUGCUGAAGCUCUGUGACCUUGAGUGUUUUCCUGGCCAAGAUCCAAGGCAGGUGGCCCCCCACGAAUACUGAUUUUUAGGGUUUGAGCUCUUUUUGUAUAUUUGUUUAAGGGUGGAGGGUGCACAAUUCUUACACACAGGUAUAGCUGAUGAAUGAGGCCACGAGGAGCAACUAUUUUCCUGGCAGAGACCUGGAUGCUUUUUGCCAUUCUGAUGGUAAAUGAUGAGACAGGCAACCAUGGAUUUCAGCACUCCAUCUGUGUUUGAUCAGCAAAAAGGUGAUUCAUCUGAGGAGGUUGACCUGACCAUGGUGUACCAGGCAGCAUCUAAUGGGGAUGUCAAUGCACUGACCGCAGUGAUUCGGGAAGACCCUUCCAUCCUAGAAUGCUGUGACAGUGAAGGAUGUACACCCUUGAUGCAUGCGGUUUCUGGACGUCAAGUGGACACAGUGAAGUUGCUGUUGAAGAUGGGAGCCAAUAUUAACACCCAGGACGCUUAUGGCCGCACGAGUCUAUGCCUGGCAACCUAUCUGGGUUGGCUGGAAGGCUGUGUGAGUCUGCUCAGAAAUGGUGCCAAACACAAUAUCCCAGAUAAAAAUGGCCGUCUGCCACUGCAUGCUGCCACUGCUGAACCCGAUGUGAGGCUCCUAACAGUCUUGAUGCAACAGUCAAAUCUCAGCGAGAUUAAUCACCAGGACAAUGAG